CAGACCAAACUGACCCUUGCCUGAUCCCCUGGUGCUUGCUGUAAUGUCGGACUAACCCAAAGCGUACAGCAGUGGACGGUGGUAUCGCGGAAACCUUCUGGAAGCAAAAGUAUGAAGCUGGACAGCUUCUGCGGCGGGCUGUGGUGCCUCGUGGUCUCGGCAUCGAUGUCCUAUGUCGGCGGGUUCGUUGGAACGUCGCCUUCGGCUCUCACGCCAGCACCCCAUCGCACGCGAGCGCUAGAAAGCAUGAGCGAGCACCGUGGAGUUCCUAAACGAAGAAGGCUUCUUUACGCGGAGGGAGGAGGCGGGGGCCAGGAGUCAGUGGAACCAGCUGCGGUGUUACGAACGGCGGUGGAGACUCGUAAAGUGCCAAUGACGGAGGUGUCCGAGGCGCUGAGGGUUCUGGCGGCAGAUGGUGGCUCCCCGCUGGCUUGCGGAGCCGAGGACGUGGAGGGUAGCUGGGAGCUCGUUUUCAGCACCCAGCUCAAGAGCGGGUACAUGCCGAUCCGUGAGCUGGUCGGCUUCUACCCGUCCCGCGAGGAGGCCUCCAUCGACGCUACGGCUGGGCCGCUGCCAAUCGGGGGCAUGCGCGGCAAGUGCUGGUGGAGGGGGGGCGAGGAGAACGAGUUGGCGUUUAUGCUGGGUGCCGUGAAGCUAGGCCCAUUCAAAUUCGGCAAGGACAAGAACGAGGUCAAGACGUACAAGUUCUUCGUAAACGACGGAAAGGUUCUGGCGGCAAGAAGCAGCGCGGGGGGGUUCGCGCUUCUUUCGCGCGUCCCUGAAGAGGGGUAG